AUGACACCGAUAAGCCUCACAUUCGCACUCACUCUGUUCCUCAUCUGCACGAUCCCCACGUUUGGAUCAGUGAUCCCUCUUACCUCCACGACAUUUCAUCGCGAUGAAAAUAAACAAUGGAUCCUUGCAGGUCUCUCCCUCAUUCGCAGACUCGAUUGCACCCACGUGACAAGUAUCAGUCGUCAGGACUGCGUCAAGAUACGUGUCUCACCGGCCUCUAGAUUUGUCGCCUACGUAGCAACGCUGGAACACAAGGGAUUGCAGUACCUUGUGAUGACCCAUCCAGAGGUAGAGGAAGACGAGGGGGAGGAAGUUAAGCUGCCAGCGCAAGGAGGGAACUUAACAGGAGUUUUGGUGCUUGAUCCCCUCGCGGAUCGCGCCUUUGGACAUCCUCUUUUCAUUUUCCGUAUUGUCGCUUUUGCUGGCAGCCGGGAGGAACAGUUACGACAGUGUUUGGACCAUCGAGGAUUAAUGUACAGAAGUGAGUGUAUUCAUCAAGAGGUCAAGUCAGGUUGCCCCCAUGUUUUCCUCUCAGCUGGUCAGCUUGAAGAGGAUUCUAAAUUCCCACAGGUUAGUGGGGUGUGCGAAUAUCAGUUCCUACCGCGAGUCACCACCACCGACUCAACAAAGAACCUUCUACAGUGUGUCCCACAUGCAGCGCCCUGUCUUUCAGCCCCUCAACAUAGGCAGAGACGCAGACGGCUUCAUCGUAGACGUGUACUCGUGCCAGCAUAUCUGCACGAAAAUCUCAUUUGGAGCAGUGAUCCACAGUGGAUCAAUCCCUUGACUAGACGCGAAGUCGGCAAUUCCUUCCCACCUCAACGACCCAUUCGUCUUACAACUGUGUCUUCAAAGUUCAGCCAGUAUUCAUCGAAACCCGAUGAUGGUGCCAUAUGCUCUCCGUACGACCGGUGUGAUUACGCGUUGUUAUUAUCCAGUAGACUUGGAGAAAAGGAACACAUAGACACCUCAAUCAAUAGGAGGCAACAGAAACGACAUCUGAUAGACAAAAUGCGCUCCCUGGGCUUCACCGCGAGUUACCUCUCCGUAUUUCCGCCCGAAGAGAGACCACCUACUUCGUAUCAUUUCUUUGACAUUCCUGUCAGGCAAAAGGCAACGCCAAAAAAUAUAUCAAUCAAGGCAGCCUUCCGUACCAGAAUGCAAAAACUCUGUCACACACCGCGUUGCGUCUCAACCUUAUUCCUUUACUUAAACAACUUUGUCCUUCCGAAUGGCGACAUGCUUGUUGGAGGCGAUAAACUUAUAAGCCCAAACGAGCGCUACAGCGUGUCAGAAUUGCUGUCAGAUCUUAGUGGAUGUCAAGCAUCUCUAGUUUUCGCAUUGGUGGACCAGAAUUUCGGUGGAAUUCUGCUGGAAGGUCUAAAAUCACGACCGACCGAAUUCACUAAUCUGGUUCUUCUCAGUGCCACGCGGCAGGCGAGUGCGCUGCGGACGGAGCAGAUGGCUGUGGAACGACCGCCUCAAGGGUAUUUCUAUCCUCAUCACUACGCUUAUCGGUUGGGACACUAUGAUCUCUAUGGGGUGGAGGAUCUUCUAACUUAUGCGGUAGAAAACCUGCCACUAUCCCAAAUGAUCGUUGGAGAUAUUGAGGAACAAGUAAAGUUUCUUUAUCCACACCUGGAACUGGGUUCAUUCUAUGGUAGUCGAGUACAGGCCCACGCAUCAAGCCUAUUCACCAAACCCGUGGUCAUUAAUCAACACGAGGGCGGCUUCCUUCAAGGCCAUCGGGGCGGUCACGGACGUGUCUUUAACUCGGCGCCGCGCAGCUCUGUUGCAGGCUGUGUGAGUCUCUCACCUGUUGACUGGCUGCGAAAUUAUCUUCCUUCGACGGAACAAUCACAGCGGCAUUAA